AUGAACUUUGGCGACGCCAUGGAUGAAUUCACGUUUGAAGAACUCUUUUUUGAUGGCAUUCCGGAUGCCCAGUAUGGCGAGUUCGCGAACCUGUGUCAGGACACGGGUAACCACCCCAAUAUCACGACAGACAACUCUGCUUGGGCCAAUACGGAUGAGGUGAUCCAAAGCCGUACCCAAGAUAUGUCUCUCCUAUCCGAGGACGAGAAGCGGACACUUCAGAGCAUUCCUAGCCUCUGUCAGAAGGUGGAGGAUUUGUGUACGGACAACAGAGACAGUAUCGCUGAAAUGAACACGAUGAGGAGGUUUCUGGAGCGUCUUGAGUCUUGGGUUCGCGAGAUCCAUGAUCUGUUACAAAACAUCGAUGAUCGACUUGCGCAGGGAGCUGGUAAAAAGAGUUUGGAUUCAAAGGAUGACGGAUGCACCAACGGUAGAAGUACAGACGAAGCUUGA